AUGGAUCAGGUCCAAUCUUUUUAACCAAAUAAUUAAGAUUCAGCUCAGCAAGGUCAACUCAAUAAAUGUGAUAACAAUUAACUUUAAAAAAAUGGUAGUUAAACGAGAAGAGCUUGGAGUUUAAAAGAAGACAAUUAACUCAAAUAAGCCAUAAAAAUACAUAGUACUAAUUGGCUAUUGGUUGCCUCAGCAUUACAAAACCGUAAUCCUUCUUAAUGUGCUUAGAGAUGGAAAAGAAUAAAGCCUUAUAAUGUAUGAGUUUAGUGUAUAUUCUAAGUAUAAUAUUCGUAAGCCAUGGACAAGUAAAGAAGAUUAGCUACUUUUGAGAUUAGUACAAGUACAUAAGAAAAACUGGGUAUAAAUAGCCAAAUGUAUACCUAAUCGUACUAGUAAAUAAGUCAGAGAAAGAUUUGUAAAUAAAUUGAAUCCUGACAUAAAUUAAGAACCUUUUACAAAAGAGGAAGAUAUGAUAAUAGUAGAAGGAUACAAGAAUUUCGGGUCUAAAUGGUGCAAAAUAUCUAAAUUACUUAAAGGAAGGCCUGUAUUAAUUAAUUAUUAUUUUUAAGGAAAACAUAAUAAAAAAUAGAUAUUAUUCAUAUAUUCGAAAGCGUUAUUUUAAUAUUGAAAAUCCAUAUUACGUUGUUCCAUAACCAAAUUAUGAGUUAUAAUAGUCAAUUUAAAUGGAGAAUAUAAAUAACAAAUCAAAAAAAUCAACAAAAAUAACUAUUGACAAACUCAAAAUACGAAAAAGAUUAAUAGUAUUAUCUGAAUUUAUUAAAAAACUAGUCUAAUAAGGAUAAAAAUGAAAAUAGAAUAAAAAAUGAUGAUAAAAAAUAAGAGAAAUAGUUAGAUUAGGAAAAAGUUAAGUUAUAGAUGGUUACAUUAGAACAAAAUGAUCAAAUAAAUAAUAAAGAAGAUUUUAGUAUAAUAAAUUAAAUAAAAUAGACAUACAAUAAGACUAAGAUUAAUAAGGAAAUCAAUAGAAUAAAUAAGUGAUAAAAGAAGAAAUUUCGAACUAUUAAAGUUAAGUGAAACAAGAAGCAGAAUAGGAUUAAGUUGAAAAGUUGGAAUAAUUAUAAGAAAGUUUAAACAUUUCACAAAGUGGCUAUGGGCAUUUUCCAUUAUUUUAUAAUGCCGUUUAGCCAUAUAAAAUGAUCUAUAUACUUCCAUAAUAGUUGCCUAUGUAAAUCAUACCUCAUUAUUACAUAAAUACCCCAUUUUUAUAAUUUGGUGUAUCAAGUUAGGAAACUUUGCUUUCAAAAUCUUAAGAAAUACAAUAAAAAAGUCAACAAUUAUAAUGA